UGUAGCAUUGUCAAUUUCGCUCCACUGUUCUGCAUCAUGGUCUCAAUCUACUCUCUGGUGGCCAUCUCGUUUGAGCGGCGGCGAGCGAUUGUGCUCUCACAAGAACAACACACCGUUAAGGUUCUUAGAAUAAUCAUCCCCGUCAUCUGGGCGUGGUCGUUCUGCGUGUGCGUCCCCACCAUCUUCGAGUACAGUGAGUUCAGGGAUAUCAGUGUGAACCAGACAGGCGUGCUUGUGCAUUGCGGCAGUACGCGGUCCGUCACAUACUCCGUCGUGAACGGACUGAUGCUCGUCUUCGUUGCUUACAUCAUACCGCUGGUACUCAUCAUCUCCAACUGUGUCGUCGUAGUUAGGUUCAUUUGGAAGAUUGGCAAAGAAGCUGAAAUGACAAACCAGAGACGAAUUGUGGCGGCCAAGAAGAUCAAGAUCAUACACUUGUUGGUAGUAGCAACAGCUCUCUUUGCAGUGUCGUGGGCGCCAUACUUCGCACUGCUCGUCAUCGCGAAAGUGGUCGGCCUUGACGAUGUGAACCAGUCUGGACAACCAGUCAAUCUUAUACGUAUCGCCCUGUCGGCGUUCAGUGCAGUGUACAAUGUGUUUCUCUACGUCAUAUACAACAGUCAAUUCAGGGAAGAAUUCAAAGCCAUAUUGUCUUAUGUCAAGUGUAGCAGAAACAUCACACCAUCCAGGGUGGCGCCUUUAUUUCAAAUACAGCAAGGUAGUGCUGCAGUAUAACACAACGCGGUGUAUUUACACGGACUUCUGUCUCAUUAAUCACUAAUGAAUAAUAAUUAACGUAAUUAGCCCAGGUAGCCCAGCAAAGAGGGAAAUUGGGAUCUUGCCCAAAUCGUGGUGCCCAAGAGCACUCACAAAAACUGUGAAAAGUUAGGACUUUUUAAAACAUUCCAUUCACAAUUAUGGAUGAAACACUCGACCAAGCUAUCAAAGAACUCAAGAUUGUAGGAUAAGUUGCUGCAAUGAUACAAAAUGUAGAUGCACUGAAUAUACCCACCAGUCACUCUUCUCCUUAGAUGGUAUUCUCAUCGAGAGUGCAUUUGCUAAUACUGUUGAAGAGUAGAAACAUACACUCAAACGAUAAAGGACUAAUUGUCCACUCUGCGAGGAAAAGUUGUUAGUAUUUUCAAGUCUUGAAUCCAGUUGUGAUUUAGUUAAUGCUUACGGACAAUUUGGUCAAAUCUGCUUGUUGACUUUGUACACUGCAGGUGUUUGUAUGCUAAAAACAGUAAAUACAACAUGAUUAAUACAUUAAAAUGGGAAUUUUUCAAUUCAAAAUCGUUGGACUACUGAAGCCACUCAUCCUGAAACUCAUUCUUAGCAUGUCAUUCAUUAACGUUGAGGCUCCUUUACAUCACAAUUUAUCAACAGAAUUAGAAAAAUAAUGGUUCUGAACACUCAUAAAAUAAUUUAAUAUUAAAAAAUAUAAUAAAAUGGCGGCUAAACCCUUGGUAAAAAAUGGUACAUAAUAUUUUUGACAUCAGCACACUAAUUGAUAACGUAGGCCAAUACAAUCCAUUCUGGCACACAAAUCCAGUUGGAAUAAAUGUCAUACUGUAUUAAAAGCACUUUGAAACAUUUUUUAAAAACAAGUUUUAAAAAUUUCUAGGGUGCCCUGUUUAAAAUGUGCAGAGCAGACUAACAUUUCAUAAAUUUAGAGAUAAUAAACUUGAAACAAAAAGGGUGAACCGUGAACAAAAAAUUCAGCUUUGGUUCCCUGACUACUAUAACAUUGGUGAAGACACUAGGAACAAAAUCAAACUUAUUACAACAAAAUCUCUAACUGUAUUAUCACUGUGUAGCUAUUUUGAUAUUUUUUCGUCACAACCAUUGCCCCACGACUGGUAUAUUAAAGUACAUAUAAAAAAAAUUGGAUGGGUUUUUUUCCUGUAAGUAGUCCAUGGUAUAACAGCAGCGGGUUUCUUUUCUCAUUAUCCUAACCAUAAUGUCCGACGUAUAAUACUAUUAAAUUGUGUUGAGUGGUACCAUGCCGCAGUGCUCGGCCUGGCGAUAAAAUAAUCAAUGUGGCGAAUGUCUGGCGAUUUUCCUUUUAGGUAUCAGUUUUAGGGAUCCAGUAACAAUGAUUAAUUUCAACCAUUAUCUGACCUUCUGAUCUGUCUGGCCACGUUAUCGAAUCUCCGAUUGGACAAAUAAUGCAUGAAUUUGUUUUAUUAUUCUUUGUUUAUGUUCAUUGUUAUAUAAACAUAAUCCAGCACCAGACACCUAAGCACGUUGC